AUGGCGGAACACAUCCCAGGACAGGAAUAUGAGUAUGAAGCUCUUCCUUCGAAUUAUGGCUUGGGUCAAAAUAUGCUAGCCGGUGCUUUCGCGGGGAUUGCGGAACACUCGGUUAUGUAUCCGGUUGAUCUGCUCAAGUAUGCGCCUUUUUGGGGGGGCUUUUUUCAGACUCGAAUGCAAGUUUUACAUCCGACAUCGGGCGGGCUUUAUACCGGUAUCACAAAUGCGGUGUCUACCAUUUACCGAAUUGAAGGCUGGAGGACGUUGUGGAAGGGUGUGUCGAGCGUGAUCGUGGGCGCUGGUCCUGCCCAUGCUGUCUAUUUCGGAACAUAUGAAGCCGUGAAGGAGCUCGCUGGUGGAAACGCCGAAGGACAUCACCCCUUUGCUGCUGCCCUAAGCGGAGCAAGCGCAACAAUUGCUAGCGACGCCCUCAUGAACCCAUUUGAUGUGAUCAAACAGCGCAUGCAGGUCCAUGGCUCCGUUCACAAGACACUCGCGCAGUGUGCAAGGACGGUUUAUCGAACCGAAGGUCUCCAGGCUUUCUACGUCUCGUACCCGACGACUCUCAGCAUGACCGUUCCUUUUACAGCCACGCAGUUUGUGGCCUACGAGUCGAUAUCCAAGAUGAUGAAUCCCAAGAACGAGUACGAUCCGUUCACCCAUUGUAUUGCGGGUGGCCUCGCUGGCGCCGUGGCCGCUGCAAUCACCACGCCGCUCGACGUGAUAAAGACGCUGUUGCAGACCCGGGGUUUGGCUACAGACCAGGAGAUUCGCUCGGCGCGAGGCUUGUUCAAUGCUGCUGCCAUUAUCAAGCGCCAGUUCGGAUGGGCCGGUUUUCUGCGCGGACUGCGUCCUCGCAUUAUCUCGACCAUGCCCAGCACUGCGAUUUGCUGGUGA